AUGCCUCUUCACCUUUUAGGUAAGAAGUCAUGGAACGUUUACAACCCGGAGAACAUUGCCCGCGUCCGUCGCGAUGAGGCACAGGCGCAAGCCCGAGAGGAGGAACAAGAGCGUCGCAUGCAGGAAGUUGAUGCCGAGCGAAGAAUACAAAUCCUUCGUGGCGAACGACCAUCUACCCCACCACCUCCCCCACGGUCUCCUUCGCCGGUCUCCCGACAUAAUAGGAAGAGUUAUGUAGAGGACACUUCAAGGUAUAGAAAGAGAAGACGUUUAGCUGGCGAAAAUGAUACGGAUCGCGAUAUUCGAUUUGCUCAAGAGGAUGCACAAAUUGCGCUGGCGAAACGAGAGGAACUCACUUCCGCUCGAUCUAGCGAUGCGCCGCUAUACGAUAGUGCUGGUCAUAUUGACCUGUUUCCUUCCCAACCGUCACAUAAACGUACGGAGAAGAACCCAGAAGCCGAAAAAGAAUCGGCCGAGAGGCAAAAGGCAUAUGAAGAUCAAUACACAAUGCGGUUCUCGAAUGCGGCGGGGUUCCGUCAAUCUGUCGGCCAGAAACCCUGGUAUUCAUCUUCAGGAACUGAAGCCAUGGCUCCAGACUCCAUUUCCGGGAAAGAUGUCUGGGGGAAUGAGGAUCCCAUGAGAAGAGAGAGGGAGAAGGCUCGGAUUGAUGCCAAUGAUCCACUUGCGGCGAUGAAGAAAGGUGUUCGCCAGCUAAAGUCGGUUGAGCAUGAAAGGAGGAAGUGGGACGAAGAAAGGAGACGAGAAUUGGAAGCUUUGAAGUUGGAAGAGAAACAUCGGUUGCGCCAUCGCAGGCGAAGGUCAAAGUCGGCAGACAGCCUUGAGAAUUUCCAGCUCGAUGCUUCACAGGACAGAGAUCGAAGAGCACAUCGUCAUCAUCGCCAUGGCCGUCACACAAGCCGAGAUCGCUCGAGUAAGAAAGGCUCUCACUCGGAUGGAUAUUCGCAUCGCCGUCACCAUCGUUACCAUCGUACUGAUCGCAGCCGUAGUCGGGGUGACCAUAACAGACGCUCACAUCGCGAAUAA